AUGUAUGUGAUGGCCCGACGUCGGUGGUCUAUGCCGCUGAUCGCAAAGCAGGGCAUCAACAUGCAAGAUAUCAUCAAGCUCAAGGCCGCUGCUAUCACCACCGUCUCUGGUGUCAAUAUGACGACCCGGCGGCAGAUGCUAAAACUCAAGGUUUUGUAUCAUAGCUGUCUAUAUGCUAUGACACUCAACCUAGGCUCUCCGCAGGGCAUGUCUGAAGCCAAAGUCGAGAAGAUCAAACCGCACAUAAGAUGCUCGUUCGUUGAACUUGCCGUCGCCGGGAAACCUCGCACUUAUGUGUAUCGUCAGGGAUCUUCCUUUGCGACCGGACUCGAGAUGCAAGACAAAAGAAAACGCGUCCUUGCCCUCAGUACGGGUAGCAAAUCUGUAGACGCCAUGCUUGGAGGCGGUAUCAUGUCUCAGUCGAUCACAGAAGUGUACGGCGAGUACCGCACUGGGAAGACACAACUUGCGCAUACACUCAGCGUGAUCGCACAACUUCCACCUGAACUGGGAGGUGCUUCCGGAAAGGUUGCAUACAUCGACACUGAAGGGACGUUCCGUCCUGACCGCAUCAGAUCCAUCGCAGAACGGUUCGGAGUCAACGGCGACAUGGUUUUGGAGAAUAUCCUCUACGCUCGCGCUUUCAACAGUGAACAUCAGGUAGUUUCAUAUGAAGUGGAAGCUGGGCGCCUCUGCAUAUACUCAUACCUUCGUAGAUGGAGCUCAUCAACGAAUGCUCUGUUCGCUUCGCGGAGGACAAAGACUUUAAAAUCAUGCAUCAUGGCCCUCUUCCGUGUUGAUUUCUCCGGUCGAGGCGAGCUCAGUGAAAGGCAGCAGAAGAUGCUUUCAAAACUCACCAAACUUUCCGAAGAAUUCAACGUCGGUACUCGUACAUUCCAUGCUCCACAUCCUAACUCCAAUGCAUGUCCCAGCGUCUUUGAAGUACUCGGAGAGCUCUCACUGAUCCACUUCCUUAAAUCAACAGCGGACCCCGGUGCGACCAUGACCUUUGUCGCCGGCGGGGCGCUUAAGCCUAUUGGUGGACACAUCAUUUCACAUGCAUCUGCGACCAGAAUUUUUCUCCGCAAAGGUAUUCUUGCCCGAUCCACCUACGACACUGCUAACAACCUGCCUGCGAUCGUACUAACUACAUUGUAA